GGCCCGGUGUCACAACCCGUGCCACUAUAUAUACCUCGGCGUGUUCUUCAGGAGCAUAGUCACACUUGGCUUCACCACCAAUUCGUCUAAACAACAAUGGCCUUUAAGAUCGUCAUUUUUUCCUGCAUCGUGGCUUUUGCCAAAGCUGGCGUUGCUCCUGUAGCAGUGGCCGCCCCUCUCGCCGCAGCUCCUGUGGUUGCAGCACCAGCAGUCGCAGCUAGACUGGAAGAAUUCGAUCCUCUUCCACAAUAUCGAUUUGGAUACAAUGUAGCGGAUUCACUCACAGGUGACUACAAGAGCCAACAAGAACAGCGCAAUGGCGAUUUAGUACAAGGAUCAUACUCGCUUGUUGAUCCCGAUGGCACGCGCCGUAUUGUAGACUAUUCCGCUGAUUCUGUCAAUGGAUUCAAUGCGGUCGUGCGAAAGGAACCACUAGUUGCUGCUGCACCGGCCGUAGUAGCUGAACCAGCGGUAGUACCUGCUCGCAUUGCUGCCGCACCUGUUGCUGCGGCCUCUGUUGUUGCCGCCCCAGUGGCAAAAUAUACAACCGCAUACACCGCUCCUUUGGCCUACGCAUCAUACACCGCUCCGGUUACAAAAGUAGCAGCAUACACAUCGCCUUUUGCUUACUCGGCUCCUGUCGCGAGAUAUACUGCCUACCCUGCGCCCGUAGUGGCUCCAGUUGCAAGAUUGACAGCGGCUCCAGUAGUUGCCAUCUAACACACCCCGCUUUAUAUCUAAGAUUGACUGAUUAAACUCUCUUUGCAUGACCAAUAAACUUUUUUAUUUGUGA